AUGCGGGACUCGGAUCGACGGUGUUGGGAGCGUCAGCCGCCGCAGACUGUCGCCAAUCCUCGUUCUGACGUGACGGCUCAGCAUUCACUGGCGGCGCAGUUGUCCCACCAGAUUUUGUGUCAUCCUUCCCUUCACGGGGCGGCGGCAACUGACGGAUACCUGUCCGGUCAGCAUCGCCGCUCCGUGCAGGCGGAUGGAUGGUUCCAUCGGGAAAAAUUGACGCCACCACAAUUCAUAAGGGCCGGCGCAUUUAUGUGUCGUCACAUUCAUCGUGAAGGCAACGGUGGCCCCUUCCUAUUCCAUUGCACAGCCGGCAGCACAGUUGCGACAUGUGUGCACCGCACUGGCCACAUGGCACACAGCACCCAGCUCACCAUUCCUGCCAUGCAUGCGCACACCAAAGCCACUGAAAGUGUAAUUCUCAUACUGAGCCUCAGCACUGGCUGCGAAACACUUCUUCCACGCCCACACACAUCCACACGCGAUAGCUCAGGCUGCCGUCACUCGGAGCACACGACACAUCCACCGGCACUACCACCGCAUCCGCAUCAUCAGAUACAUGUCCAGCACUCCCAGCAGCCGUCACGCACACAGAAUUGCAGCAAUACAAGGGCGCAAGGACCAACACGGCGCACACCACACGAAGCCGCACCGUCACCAUCGUCAUCAUCGCAGUUACCAUCACCCGUAGAGGAGUUGCUGGACUCAGUGAACCGAUACGUGAGCCAGAAGGAAAAGGAAUGGAACAGGAGGGAGAGGGACGGAACGCAGCGGAUACAGCGAGAGGGCAGCAGGCCCAGCCGCACAGUUCACACACCACGAGACGGCAUCCACGCAAGGAAGGCACACAACGUCAGCAGCCACCCACCAUGCAGGAGGAGAAGACAUCCACCACCAUUUCCCCCAGCUCAUCGCUACAGCCCCAGGGAAAUGGCCAAAACACCGCGGCCACCACACAACGCACACGGAGCAAGCACCCACCACACCAGCCACAAGCGGUGCAUCACACCCGCAGGAAAAGUGACUCAGGGUGCGCACUCCCUCUCCUCCCCUCUCCUCAUGGCCACGGAAGAGGACAACAGCCGCCACACGCAACUGCCAGCAUGCACUACAAAAGGAGCAUUCAAAUCCACUGCAACGUGCAUCUUGUGUGUGCCUGCAGAAACACAAAGCAAAGAAGUAGAAAAGAGGGAGCAGAGUGUGUGGAGGGACGUACAAAAUAAAAUUGUGCAGCAGAGGUGCGUGGCAGAAACAAGAAGAAGACCGCUCAAACUCAUGACUGCACUGCAGCCCAAGAAGCGGCAAUCCACACAAGAUUUAUUUUUAAAACAAAAAAAAAACGUUCCCCUUCGUCUUAUACAAACCCCAUCACACAAAAUAAUUAUAAAUAAAAAGAAAUCGUCCAUUACUGUUCCACACAAAUUUUAA